AUGAAGAAAUUAGGUUUUGGAUAUAAAAUAACAUCGGAAGUUGUUGUUCCUUUCGAUUCUCCUUUCUACAUGACAGUUCGUGCACGUUAUCUUGUUAAGAUUGGUGUUACAACAGCUGUUAACAACUUUACGCCAUCAACAGCCACUUGUAACAGUACUGUAGCGACACCUUGUACAACAACAACGACGAUUGUUGCUACAUGUAAUAGUUAUGAAGUAUCAUGGAAUGAUCAUUGCUAUUAUCUAGAUGGAUCAGGUGGUACUUGUGCAACUGGUUAUAGUCGAGCAACAAAUGCUGUUUUGACAUGCAUAAGUACACAAUUUGCUGGAAAAAGCUAUGCAAAUAUGGUGUCGGAUAAUUGCUGCAUUUGGACGGCAGAUACGUAUGAAUGCUAUGGACUUAACAGUAACUGUAACUUAGCAGGACCAUUUGUAUCAGGACCAACAUUAGGUGGUGUUGGUUGUUUCAACGGACAAGUGAAUCAACCUAAGCAACUAACAUUUUGUGGCAGCAAUUAG